AUGGAUAAUCAAAAUCAAGACAUCAAUCUGCCUAAUACCGUUAAUUCACCUUGUUCUCCGUCCAAUGAGACUUCAACUAUAAUUGAUCAACAACUGAUAGUUAGUACAAAUAUCGAAAAUGGAUAUCCUGUUCGACAAGAAAAUGGACAAAGAAAGACCGGUCCACCACCAACUUGGCCAACAACAAAAUUACCACCUGGUCGUGGAUGCGAAGUUUUUGUGGGAAAAUUACCUCGUGAUUGUUUUGAAUCUGAAUUAUUUCCCAUAUUCGAACGAAUUGGCCAAAUAUAUGAAAUGCGUUUAAUGAUGGACUUUAGUGGAUUUAAUCGUGGUUAUGCAUUUAUAACAUUUACACAACGUGAUGAUGCAAAACGCGCUGUUAAAGAAUUAAACAAUUUUGAAAUAAGAAAAGGAAGAUUGAUUGGUGUAUGUCAGUCAGUAGAUAAUUGUCGUUUAUUUGUGGGUGGAAUACCAAAAACUAAGAAGAAAGAAGAAAUUUUAGAUGAAAUGUGCAAAGUUACUGAUGGAGUCGUUGAUGUUAUCGUUUAUCCAAGCGCUCAUGAUAAAUCAAAAAACAGAGGUUUUGCAUUUGUGGAAUAUGAAAGUCAUCGUUCAGCUGCAAUGGCACGACGAAAAUUAUUACCCGGAAAAAUACAGUUGUGGGGACAUCAAAUUGCGGUAGACUGGGCAGAACCAGAAGCAGAAGUCGAUGAAGAUGUAAUGGCAAUGGUUCGUGUAUUAUAUGUUCGAAAUCUGAUGAUGACAACAAGCGAAGAACAAAUAAAAGAUGCAUUUGAAAAAAUUAAAGAAGGUUCCGUUGAGCGUGUUAAAAAGUUAAAAGAUUACUGCUUUGUCCAUUUCAAAGAACGAGAUGAUGCUUUACAUGCAAUGCAUAUUAUGAAUGGCGCUGAUUUAGAUGGAUCUAUCGUAGAAGUAACAUUAGCCAAACCAGUUGAUAAAAAUCAAUAUUUUCGUUAUACUCGUGGUGUUUCUCCGGCAACACUAGCAGCAGCGACAUUUGGAUUAACGGGAACAACUCAAACAAUUGAUAUUGGACCCUAUGCAGCUAUACCGUAUUUUGCAUCAACAAUACCCGUAUCACCACCGUUACAGGCACAAACAGUAGCAGCCAACGCCGCGUUAACAGCAGCUGUCAACGCUAUGCAACAAAAGUACAUUAUCGUUUUAAGAGCACCUCCCCUUCUUUUUGAAAAAUUAGGUACGCCUGAAAAUAUUCGUCGUUGUUUAAAUGCUACUGGUCGUGUAAUAUCCACGAAUCCCUCAAAUACUGUCACUGGAACGAAUAACAACAGUAAUAGUAUAAGUUUAAUAACCAAUGAUGUAAAUAGCCAAUUAUCAACAUCUAGUCCAAGAACGUCGACAACUUCCAGACAAAACUCAUCAUCGUCAUCAACCUUACAACCACAUCGUGGAGCAUAUUAUGCGAUAUUAAGACCGUCGUCCAGAAGGAAUCCGGCUGAUGAAAAAUGCCUUGAAGAUUUAUAUAAAGAGACACAUGAUGCGUUAUAUUGUUCAUCAGCAGCUGCUAAUUUGAAUGGUUGUGGUCAACAACAAUUACCAGCCACAAUAUUACCAACUGUUCCUGCUACCACCUCCAUAAUCAAUGCAAAUGUUGCUGCUAGUACAUCUUCUUUUGUUGCUGCUGCUCCUACAAUUUCACCAUCGCCUACUUCAGUGUACCCAUCAACUAUUGCUAUUGCAAGCAAUAGAUUUUAUAAUACCGAGGAGACUGCUCAAUUUAUGCCAGUUGGUUUCCAUCCAUCGAUGUUUCAACAACAACCGCAAAUUCCAUUAUUUCCACCUCAACAUCAAGCUCAAAUUCUGUUAGCUCAACAUCACCAUGGACAACAACCAGUCGGUCUUCAUCAUCCACAACCUCAAUUACCUGCCGGCUUCACAUUUUCAGCACCGUUUCUUAUUGAUCCAUCUGUACAUGCAGCACAAGCAACACACCAAAAUGGUUUAUUUAGUUAUGGCUAUUUAGCAUAA